AUGUAUUCCAUUGUAUCCAUCUACAAUGUUGUUAAGAACAUCACGCACAAUGUUGACAUCACCGACACGGCCUUUCAGUAUCUGAAUGACAUGAUCUAUAAGAGAUUUGUCAAACGGAUUGUAAAAUAUCUGAAUGAUAACAAGGAUUGCUCUCUGGAUGCGCUUGAUACGUAUCUGAGAAGCAUCACGAUAGACAUCAAUCGUUAUCAUGUUGUUGAGUGCGCAUGGGAAGAGAUGAAGGAUGGCAACAAGACUAUAAGAUUGAGUUCGAAGGAAACUCGGAACAUCUUCAGGUCUGCUGGUCUGAAACAUAAGAUGUCCAAAGACAUGGUGAUAUACAUCACUAAGGUAAUUGAGAAAUUAUAUGUAGAUAUAAUGUCCAUUGCCACUGACCUGAUAGAAGAGAAGCAGAAUACACGGGUAACCCAAGGCUACAUAUAUGAGGCAUUGCACAAUGAUUAUUAUCUCAAAUUCUUGUUCCAAUAUCCUCGCAAACCUUCCUCCAAGAAAUAA